UUCGCAUAUGGCAACACAGAAAACUGCUGCGCGUCCAUAUCAAGUGAAUUUAGCCUGUUUUACGAGAUCAAUAGAAAAAUACAGAUGCUGAAUCGUCGCGCGGUAUAUUGUUAUUUGUGUUCAAUCUCAGUCUGAAUUUCAGCCAGUAAACACGUUCUCUGAAAAAAAUCCUCGGCAUCGUCACUCAUCCGAGUGUAGUAGUGGGCCACUCAUAACAUUGCAGAAGUGGUCGGCCCUUUAUGUGAAGUGAUGUAAAGUGAAUAGUCCUUUCAAUAUGUAGGAAGGUUUAGGAAACAGGUCUUUAUUUUUCUUGAAUGAUCGUGUGAUGCCGUUGACAUGAUUUGGCUGAUAGUAGUGACGGCCUUGGCUAGCGUGCAUGGCGAACAAGUGCUGCUUCUCGACACUACAGCAGAAGAUACUCUAGGCUGGACCCGGUUCUCGUAUGGUGCGCAGGCUAGCACUGCCGGCUGGCUCGAAGAAUCUUACACUAACUUUGAAAAACAAAUAAACUGGCGCUCCUAUGUGGUCUGUGACGUCGCCCACCAUAAUGUGAAUAACUGGCUCUGGACCCCGUUCAUCGAACGCAGAAAUGCCAAUAGAAUCUACAUAGAAAUCAAGUUUACUAUUCGUGAUUGCUCACUUUUCCCAGGAAAUGCAUUGAGUUGUAAAGAAACAUUCAGUCUCUUGUAUUAUGAAUUUGAUGUUGCCACUAGAGAACAACCUCCCUGGGAGCCCGAGAGUUACAAGUUAGUUGGCCGCAUCGCCGCAGGGGAAGGCAGAUUUAACACUAACUCUGAAGUGGACAUCAACACUGAAGUGAAGAGUAUUGCAGUCACAAAGAAAGGUGUGUAUUUUGCAUUUAGAGAUCAAGGAGCCUGCAUAUCUAUUUUGGCAGUGAAAGUCUAUUACAUCACAUGUCCUGAUGUCAACAUUAACUUUGCAAGAUUCCCUGCCACUCCCACUGGCAGGGAAGUUACGGUUAUUGAACAAGCCAAUGGAACUUGUGUUGCUAAUGCUGAGGUUGCUCCUGGUGAAAAAGCCCCUGUUUAUUUAUGCAAGGGUGAUGGCAAAUGGACCCUUCCCAGUGGCUCUUGCAAAUGCAGGGCAGGCUUUGAACCUGACCACAACAAUCAAAUUUGUACAGAAUGUGCACCUGGAAAAUUUAAAUCUCACACUGGUGACGAACACUGCAUCCCGUGCCCUGAUCAUUCUGAGUCAACCAUAUAUGCUGCUGCUGAAUGUAAAUGUACUCCAAAAUACUAUAGAGCUAAGAAAGACCCAAAAACCAUACCCUGUACUCAACCACCUUCAGCACCUGAUAAUUUGACUGUAACAUUUGCUGAUCAGUUUUCUAUUUCUCUUACUUGGCAACCGCCACAUAAUACUGGCGGAAGAAGUGAUAUUACAUAUAAGAUUUCAUGUGCCAAUUGCGGCCCCACUGUGGAAUUUAGACCAGGAGAGACUGGCCUUAAUAGUACACGAGUUACAAUUAGUGGUCUAGAUCCAGUAACUGAAUACAAGUUUCAAGUUUAUGCAGAAAAUGGAGUAUCUGAACUCUCUCCUGAUCCUGCAAAACACAUAGAAAUCACAGCAGUAACUGAAGCCUCUGUAGUGAGUGUAGUGUCAAAAUUGAGGAUUUUGAACACAGAAAGUGAUAGGUUAACAAUUGCUUGGAAUCCACCACAAGUAGACUUAACUGAUCCUGAUGACACUAUAGAGAGCUAUGAAGUGAAAUGCUUUCCAAAAGACAGUCAAGACAAGAAUACCAACACCACCCUGAGGAUUACUAAGGACCCACAGGUCACCAUUACAGGAUUAAGAAAAGACACUGAAUAUGGCAUUAGGGUCAGAGCCAAGAUGAAGAGAGGAUGGGGAGAAUUCAGUGGAAUUGUAUAUGCUCGAACCAAUUCUGUUACUGAAACUUCAUUCAUUGACGAAGAAGGAGCUCAAGUUAGAUUAGUUGCUGGUGUUAUGGUGGCAGUAGUUGUCCUCACAGUGAUUGCCAUCAUUGCUACUGUUUUAUUUUUGAGAUCUCGUGCUGAUGAUGAAUGUGAUAAAAAACAACCUAGUGAUUGUAAUGCUCUUAAUUAUAGAAAUGGAGAAGUUUACACAGGACCUGAUCGUCCUGCUAAGACAAGCAGCAAUGCUACCACUCCUCUUUUUGCUGGCACUGGUUCCAGGACUUACAUAGACCCUCAUACAUAUGAAGACCCCAAUCAAGCUGUCAGAGAAUUUGCACGUGAGAUUGAUGCAUCAUGUAUUACUAUUGAAGCAAUAAUAGGUGGUGGUGAAUUUGGAGAUGUUUGUCGUGGCAAAUUGAAACUUCCAGCUAGUUGUGGCCCAGAAAUUGAUGUUGCCAUCAAGACAUUAAAACCAGGCUCCACUGAACGAGCUCGACGUGAUUUCCUGGCUGAAGCGUCUAUAAUGGGCCAAUUUGAACAUCCAAAUGUGAUAUUCUUACAGGGAGUCGUCACAAAAUGCAAUCCAAUCAUGAUUAUUACUGAGUUCAUGGAAAAUGGAUCUUUGGACACUUUCUUACGGGCGAAUGAUGGAAAAUUUAGAGUGCUGCAAUUGGUUGGUAUGUUACGUGGUAUCGCCACUGGAAUGCAAUAUCUUUCAGAGAUGAACUACAUCCAUCGUGACCUAGCUGCACGAAAUGUACUUGUCAAUUCUCAACUUGUUUGUAAGAUAGCUGACUUUGGUCUCUCUCGUGAAAUUGAAUCUACUGCUGAUGGAGCCUAUACAACCCGUGGUGGAAAGAUUCCAGUGCGAUGGACAGCACCAGAAGCAAUAGCAUUUAGGAAAUUUACUUCUGCCAGUGAUGUCUGGUCUAUGGGAAUAGUGUGCUGGGAGGUAAUGAGUUUUGGGGAACGACCUUAUUGGAACUGGAGCAACCAAGAUGUGAUUAAAUCAAUUGAAAAAGGAUAUCGUCUACCAGCUCCUAUGGACUGUCCUGAGGCUGUGUAUCAGCUGAUGCUUGAUUGCUGGCAGAAAGAACGAACACACAGACCAACUUUUUCAAGCAUUGUGAAGACACUAGAUAAAUUAAUUCGUUGCCCAGAUACAUUGAGAAAGAUUGCCCAAAACCGUUCAGCAGACCCUUUAGCAGGCGAUACUCCAGACUUGAUUCAGUUUACAUCAGUGGAAGAAUGGCUUGAAUGCAUAAAAAUGUCACGGUACAUCGAGAAGUUUCGAGCGGCGGGCAUUUCCGACAUGGAUGCGGUGGUCGACUUGACUGUGCAUCAGCUGGCAUCUCUCGGCGUGACUCUUGUCGGUCAUCAGAAGAAGAUUAUGAAUAGUGUGCAGAGCAUGCGGGCUCAGAUCCGGGGCAGCGGUCCUUACGGAUUUCUUGUAUAGAAAGUGCACAGUGAUAUAAACAGGAUAAAUAGACUUGAAUGGCAGACACAUGGACUGAUCUCGCAGGACUCUGUACUCCAACAGUGGUCAUACUGAAUUAAAUUAGGCAUCUGUAUAUUUUUCUAAAUCAAACUGCCAUAGUAUUAGACAUAGUAUUUAAUGAGACUUUUUAAAUGCAACUUUUUAUAUCAUGCUGAUUAUAUAUUUUUAUUCAUGUUUUUUUCUAUACUUGACUGACUUGGCCUAUUUGAAUUUGAUGCUUUAUAUUAAAACGAACACUACCGUCUCUUAGCCUAAACAACGAAUCAAAGUCAUUAUUAAUUUAUUAUGUAAUAUUUUAGAUGAAUGUGAGUUCGUUAAUUAAGAAGACUUGAGGUGAUAAAAAGAUUUUUUCUGUUCUCUAUUAUUUUUAUCUCUAUUAUUUUAAAUUAGUAAUUGUCUUAUGAUCAUCAACGAUUAUGCACCUUGUCCUUUUUUCUUGUCCAUUGUAUGAUCUUUAUUUUUACAAACAAUAUAUGUUCAAGAAAAAUUUAGAUUAAAAGGAGUAGCCUUAUAGUGCCACCAAUAUGAGAAAUAUUGAAAUACAAUAUUUAUAAAUAAAUAUCUAGUUAGAGAAUUUCUGUAUUUUUAUGAAUAUUGUAUGUAUAUUCAUGAUUUUGAAUAUUAAAUCUAAUGCAUUAAAACAUUCUAAUUGUAUGUUGACAGAGUUUGACUACUUUGUUUGGUGAUUCACAUCGGUGGUCAAACUCAUUAAAUUAUUGAUAUAUUUAUAUCAUUCUUGACAUUGUGAUUAAAGUACUUAACUAUUAUAGUAUUUCUGAAACAAUUAGAUUGGUAUAAUUAUUUGCUUUAUACUUUAGAAGACUUUAUUUUUCUAUUGAAAAUAUUUUUUUGAGUGCCUGUCAACUUUUUCGUAAAACAGACUUAGACAAUUACGUUACAUGAAUCAAUCUAUAUAGAGACAUCUUGUAAACUGUAAUUUAUAAUCACUUUUGGCCUGAAGACAUACAAUCAAAUAAGAAUAAAAAAUAUUCUCAUUUUGUAUUUUGUAUAUUGACAAAACCUGUUUUGAACGUCCUAGAUUUUUGAGUAUUUCUGUAUUCAUUCCUUCUUUAUGAACAAUAUGAGGAGAUCUAGUGGCAAACCCCCUUCCUCCAUUUCAUUUGAAGUUAAAAUCAUCUAUGGCAUUACAGCAGAUGAAGGUAUUUAGAUAAAUGCCAACUAUCUUCAUUGCUGAUAUAAGAAUGUACUAAUUUAAAUUUUCAAAUUAAAAACUCAAAUAUCCGUUGUUUUUCGUAUUAUUUAUGAAACAGUGACAAUUUUUUAGCAAAACAAAUUAUUCUGAUGAAAAACAAUUACCAUGAUUGAUUCAUGUAACAAUUUGGUUGAACCUUUGUCAGUAAUGCAACUGUGCUCUCAAAUCCAGUGAUCAUAAUCCAGUGGUCAUAUUCCCAAUUGUACAAUAAUUGUUAGUACGAUUAUAUUCAUUCCCUUUUUGUAUUAUCUAUUUAUGUAAUUAGUCAUAGUAAAAUAUUGCCAAUAUAGUUCAUAAGAGCUUCGCUUUUUUCUGAGCUUUGUGAUGAUUAACCGACUGCGAACGUUAUGCUAUGCGAAUAAUGUGAAUAUAUCACUGCUCUGCGAUAAUAUUCCUGUUUCAUAACGUCGUUUAGUCUUCACCACGAUGUUAUUGCUCAAUCGACUCACGAUAUUUAAUAAUGACAACUCUGAUUAUCUCACCAUUUUUAGAAUAUAGCAUAAAAAAGAAAUAGAAUAUAGUAAGAUGCGUUAAUUACCCGUGGAUGUAAGGAAAAUUGUCUCCAUCAUUACAAGAUAAUGUAUACCAGAAUAUUUAUUAGCGUUAAAAAAUAAAUUUAUUCUUAUUUGAACUUUAAAAUUAUUGUAUUUCACAUGUUUUAACGAAAUAUGUCCCUGAUAAGCUUAUAGAAAUAAUAUUAUAAUACUUUUAAGGAACAAUAUAUGUAGUUCCAGUUGUAAUGUACUAUUAUAUAUUACUAGAAUGAAUGUUUAACGCCAAUAUGAUCCAUAUCACAUAUUAAUUGAUCAAUCUAAUAUACAAUGAUUAAUGGCCUCAAGUUUUUAUUCGUUUCGAACCUGUUGAAAUAAAAACAAAACUUUCCACAGAAAAUUAUAAUUUAUGAACGUUUUGUAUUUACAAUUAUAUUUUAUUAUCCAGUUUGCGAGGAAAGGAACCUAUCUAGGUAAUCGAUCAUGUGUUGAGAUGUAUCUGUAAUUCAAUAAUAAGAGUUCAGAGCUGCGUGGGAUUCAACGAGAUAUAAACAUGUCGAAAUAAUACUAGCACUGAACAAAUCGAAUAUCUAAACGUACAUAAAAUAAAAACACGAUGUUGAAAUAUUUAUAUCGAAACGUCACUACUUGUGGUAUCAAACUGUUGUUUUUUUUUGUUAAAAUAACAGAAGCUUUACUAUCGAUUGAUUGAAGACGAACGGAGUUUCAAUCAUACAACGAAAUUGAUGUAUUUUGAUGGGCUUACAUCAAAUUCAAUUCCAAGUCCUCCCACAACAAGACAUUAGAUUCGCCUGCGCCUGAAUGCGGGAACCUAGCUGUUCUACCCAUUAGAUAAGGAUAGAACCCACUUGCUAUCGCAACUUUCACUUUGAGUCUAAAUCUCCUAGUCAUUUACCGAACCUGCACCUGUUUUUUAGAAGAGUAAGCAACAACACCGUGUUGUUUUAUAAAAAGUAAGAAUUUGCAACCAGUAAAUGCGAUGUAAAAUAUUUUCAAAAUGGUAAUUGCAAGUAAAUGUUUAUACCCGCUCAUGGAAAAGACUCGUGCGUUGAUGUUAAGGUAUAAAUAAUACCAACCCUGAAAUUUCAACGACAUUACAAAUCAUACUACGGAAUUCUAAUAAUCUACGAACAAUAUUAGAAUUAACCAAUCUUAUUAAUGUAAAUUGUAUGAAGGCUUCUUUCAUAAGCAGUAAUAUUAACAACAAAAAGAGAUUGGCACUUGUAGAUCUGACAACGAUUAUAUCAUCUAUAAGUAGGGGAAAAGGAAACAAUAUUAAUGAACAGAUGCAUCUCACACAUCGAUUUUGAUAAUUCGGCUAUACUGGGUGUUAGGACACCGCUUCCGAAAACGAAGACAGACUAUACUAAUGACACCUUUGAUGAUAAAGUUAGAUAUUUAGACAAAUGUUUUAAAUAAGUACAUAUUUGUGCGAUCGAGCGCGUGCGCAGCGCCGCGCCCGUGCGUGCGGUCGUUGAUCCGACCAUCAGCAGUUUUUGAUUUUGUGUUUCAUUACUGGGUUUUUUUUUAUCAAACAAUCGUUUCGUUUAGCUGAACUUACAUGAUGGAGCGUAAAUAAUGUUAAUAAAACGUUUUAAAAAUAUAUUUUUUAGACCAGGAUGGAGGUUUUUCCACCCCAUCAUUAAAGGUGUCAUUAGUACUAACAUCUGUCUUUGUUUUCGGAAGCGGUCUCCUUGAGAGACUAUACUCUCAACUAUACUUGAGACCUUAGAACUUAUAUCUCAAGGUGGGUGGCGCAUUAACAUUGUAGAUGUCUAUGGGCUCCAGUAACCACUUAAUAUCAGAUGGGCUGUGAGCUCGUCCACCCAUCUAAGCAAUAAAAAAAAUUACACACAGUAUAAUAAAAUAAUAUACCUAUUAUAUAUAAACAAUGUGCUUUUAUUUAAAAUACAAAUUGAAUACUCAGAAGUAAUCACGUAAGAUUCAGGUCUUUUAAUAUUGACCCGUCCCUGGGUAGUAGUGGAUUCUUAGUUUUCUGAAUAUCAGGUAAAUCGUAGUCGAGGUCGAGUUCGUUCACGCAAAAAUUAAUUAGAUUGUAUAGUUAAAAAAAAGGCUCAUUUCUUAGAUUUCAUUAACUCCGAUUUAGUUAGUUUUAUGUGGUUUAAUAUAAUUUUUCAAUAUAACAAGUUAAUUUAUUCGAAUUCUUUCCAAGCUUAAAAAUAACUGCAAUAGGCUUAGGCAAUAUGUACAAGUUAUUAUAGCAUGACGUUUAACAUCUGGAUCUUAUAUUGUUAACUUAUACAUACUUGUAACUUUAAUUCAAUGAGUAAAGAUUUUGAUUACCAUAGUACAUUAAAAUAUUGAAAAUUUUAUUUGCUUAUCAGGGACUAGAAGAUUACUGAACCACCACCUACAUUAAAUUGACUGAUGUUCAAAGAAAAUAAUUUCGUUAAUUAUGUACCUUAAAAGUAUUAAAGAAAUGGCAAAAAUCUAAAAAAGAAAUUGUUACGCAUUUUUAAAAACAAAACUUAAUAUGUUUUUAUACACAUGUACGUGAACGCACGUGUUUCAACUUUCUUAUCGUAAAAGAACGCGAUCCAGCAGUCUGCUGCAGCAGUAAUGUUUAAUGCUGUUAUUGACUAAAUAAUUAUAUUUAAGAAACCAAUCCAGAACAAUGUCAUGUUUCCGGAUACGAAAUGUAUAUUUUUAGGAUCUCGCGAAUUAUGUAUUCGAUUGAAACUCAUUUCGAUACCUCCAAUGAACACUAUAACUCAAAAUUUUGAAAUUUUCGUUUUUCACACAAAUCGCUUCACUAUUUUAAAAGUAUUACAAAUUAAUUAUUGAUGGGGUUCGAAGCAAGAGUAAAUCAGCUAGUUACACAAGAAAAAAACAUAAAUAUAUCUGCAGUAAUAAAGAUUUUAUCAACUUUUUUCAUUUAAACGCUCCUGUAGACCUACGAAUUUGGAGUAGUGUUCAUUGGAGGCAUCGAUUUUACACUUUAAUGUAGUUUUAAUUAUUCAUUUUACAAAAUAUACGUCAUUCGGAAUAGUUUACUGUUUUUUAAGUAUUCGAAAAACUGUAAAAUGAAUACAAUAAACUUGUGUAUAAAUUGUAAGUACAACGAUUAAAUCAUGCCAAUUUUUUUUAUGAACUAAUGUAUGUAUUCAUAUCUAUUAAAUGCUUCAAUUUUUAUUUUACAUCUAAUAUUUCAGUAAUUUCCACGAUUCAAUUUAAAUAUAGUCCCUCGUUGUGUUUCUAUACAUAAAAAAAUGUAUCAAUGUAGAAUUAGAUAAAUUAUUUCCUAGAGUCUAGUUGACUAACAAACAAAUAAAUUAUCUAAAAACAAUAAUAAAAUUUAUAUAAUACAUGUAUACAAUUCUGGAAAACCGAAAUAUAUAUCUAAUUCUGCUUAACAUCCGUUUUGGUUAUGGGUAAAACAUGUAAAAUAAUCAUUUGUUGAAAUGACUGUCCGCUACGCUACCUUUGUACGCUGAUGGUUUUCACGCUUAUGGUGACCAUGCUGAUUUGCUCCCUCUGAAGUUAUCGGCACACGAAACCAUGUAGAAAACGAUAAAUCCAGAUAAUACAUCGAUGGGUGAAAGGCUUAAGCGUCAUUUUUGCGACUUUACAUGAGAGCCAUAUCAAGUAAAAAAUUCGGAAAAAAUAUCACAAAAAAACUUGAGUUAUUUCAAUAGAGUAAAGUUAAUUGAAGUUCAAUUAAAAACAUCGAACUGUUGAUGCUAAUGCCAAAUAAAACGCAUCUUUAAUUACAAAGAUAAGUGUAGCGUAUUUAGCGAACUGUCGCUUAAACCAAAUAGCCUUUCAACCCUUGACGUGAUUUUUUUUUCUCUAAAAUCCUGCACGGCCUUUCCCUUCGUCAUAAUAGUCGAGGUGGUCACGUUUAUGUACGAAAUUGAAAUACAUGGACAUUGAAACAUAAAGGGCCUUACAGACAUUCGUUAGACAUUCGACUACUCAGAUAAAUGGACAAAACUGUGAAUCCCUUUAAGAGGCUAUUCAGUCUCAAUUAACAGGCUACGCAAUGUGACUGAAUCACGACUGUAAAGAGUGGUACGCGCGUACCCAGUUACGACCUGUGAGAGGCGAUCCAGAAGCACACAUCAAUCCCUGAACUUUGUGUAUUUAAAAUAAAGUGCGUAACGCGAUUGGCUUUUACUUAAAACGAAUUUACAAUGCCACUAAAAAGGAAAAGAAAGCUUGAAAAUUUAAAAGGGAAAAAUUACUUAACGCUUACUUGAGUAAUAAAAAUAAUAAUUUAGGAUACUUAAAACACAUACAUAUAUAUUUACUGUUCACAGUAAAAAUUAAAUUCACUUUCGUUACUUAUUAUAUAAACGAAUAAAAAAAUUCAGUAUUAAAUAAAAUGAAGAUUGUUGCAAUAAAUAAAAUUGAAUAUAUUAUUUAAAAAAAACAACGAUUGACUUACAGGCAAAUAACAUUAUAUUUUUUAAUGAUUUAGACUUAUAAGUUCUAAUUGUGAAUGGCGACAGCAAGCGAUCUUACUGGCGUAGUCAUUAAAGCGAUGCCAUGAUUAACUAGACUCUUCGAACCGUAGUGACGACACCUACUUAUAGCACUUCUGAAUACUUUUUCUGAUUACUUAACUAAGUUUCAAAAUAAAUAGCUAGUUGAAAGUAAAUGAAAAGAAUAUAUAUUUAAUAGUUUUUUGAUACUGUUAUCGUUGUAAAAUAGUCCAUAAUUCAUAUUUGUAUUAUGUAGUUUGAGAUUAGUAGAUUUAAAAAAGUAAGAUCUGGUAUUUGUAUUAAAGAAGAUACUGUAUUUAACAGAGCAGAAUAAAUUGCACCGACUGAUUUUAAUCCACAAAUAACAAACAUAAUAUAAUUUUCGUAUUCACCAAGUAAACGUAAACGGAAACUCCAAUAGAUAUAAAAUAAAUGUAUACACAAAAUAUAUUAUAUACACAUAUAGUUUAUCACCGAUAACAUACAUUUUUGAACGUUUUUUUUUUCAUAUAUGUAUCUAGUGAUAGUAAGGAUACCUCUUAACGAAAACGCUGAAGCAAUAAUUGAAGCCUAUAAAUAAAAUUAAUGUUACGUAAUCGAAAAUCAGAUGUCAUUAUAUUAAAUGUGUUAUUUAAAAUGAUCCGUGUGUCGUUUCGUGCGCUCGCUUUGUCUACAAAACGAAAUUGGACUGUUUUAUUAACCAAUCUGCUUAGUGCAAGCUUUUUAACUUCUAGAUCGCGUAAAAGCUAUACAAAUGUGAGUUAGCUUUUACGCGAUCUAGAAGUUAAAAAACUCGAACUGAGCACAUAUAUUGAGAGAGUAGCACAGGAAAUCGUUUUGCAACUUGUAGUAUGUAUUAAAAACGCAAUUUUUAUAUCAAUGCUUUACGGUUCACUGAAAAAUAAAAAGGUACCACGUCGACGUUAUUCGCCUUUGACUAAAUAAAAUGUAAUUAAACUUCAGUCGCACAGUCGGAGGUAAUCUGAAAGUUUGAAUAGUUAUGUUAGGUGAGCGCAUCGAGAAUCCUUUGAGGCAUUGAUUUAAAGCUUUAAUCCGAAUGCAAUAUCGCCGGCUCCGCUGUGGCGAUUACAACAAAUCGCAAUUUUCAUUCCAUUUCUGAUGUGUUUGAACAUCACGUCGCACCCUGUUCUUUAUUUUCAACUCUAAAGGUUGCGAACUCACGAGACCCGACACACGAUCAUAUGUGAUAUGAAAGUUCUAGAAUCGCAUUUUUUACGUAAAAUUACUUAUAAUGCUUAUGCAAAUCGAGUUGUAGAAUAAAAUGAUUUUUUUUUUAAAUUAUCAAACGAAUAGUAUUCGAACGGUAGAAACACCAAUUAUUAUGAUAGCAUAAUUAAUUUUAAAACAUAGCGUGAUGUUAGAUUUUUAUUUAUAAGUUUAAUUUUACAUAGGCGAUGUCGACAGUGCGGCGGAAAUAUUUCGUUUCCUUUGAAUAUAUAGGCCUCGCUCUCGACACCGUAUACAGAUAUUUAUUUACGAUAAAAAAAUAGAUUUUACGAUCUUUAUUAUGAAUCGGCUUAGGUAAAUUGAAGGUGUAAGCUUGAUUAUAAUUUAUCUAAUAAACUAUUGAUAUUUAA